AUGACAUCUGAAAGGGCAAAGGGCAAGGGCAGCCAGGAGACGGUCAUUGCGUUCAUAAAACUACUGUUGGCUGCGUCGGAUGCCUGCCUAUGUCCUCUGUAUCGCCAGCAGAUCUUGGUGGCCAUUCCUGUCAUGAGCUUCUUCAUCCAGAGAGUAUAUGUCGGUGUAAACUUCAGGCUCACUUUGGCGAAGCCCACCGUACUGGCAUCGCUCACGACAUCUUGCUGUAUCCGUAAAGCUGCAGGCAUCGUAAAUAAGUCAGGCAAACGGCACAAACCGCGAGACCACAAUAGCAGAGACCCAAUGUCCUGCUUCGACAUCGGAGCCUCGUCGGCACCUGAAGGUGCGGUGCAAGGUGUUGUUGUGGGUGCGCAACACCUCGUCGGUGAAAGACGCCGCCCACGCAAAACAUCGGUCACCGCUCGCUCAGGCACGCCGACGCCCGCCACUCCACCGACGUCAUUGGGUUCUUUCUUCCCGCACGAACCGCCGCUCUUUUUCUGGGCCUAUUUAAUCAUUUUGCUAAACUUUUCUCAACAAGCCAGUUCGCAGGAUGAUGGUUCAGUGGUCGUUUAUGCGGCACUGUUACGGAGGUGUCGUGAAAACCCCGAGGUCAUCGAACACUGCCAUUAA